UGAAGUGCGCAUGCGCACGACAAUCCCAUUCUUGUCCUGCAGGCAACAUUCCGGGUGGAGAGAAAAAGAAAGAAGAGGCUUCAGGCCGUGAGUCUGUGUAUUUACAAGAACCGAGCCGGAGCUGAAUGUCCACGGCGGUUCCUCAGUAGGAUAUGGGCUCUUCAGGGCAGAAACCCUGACAAGACAUGGAGCUCUGAGUCAGUCCUAACCAUCCGGCUACAUUUGUUGCCUCUUCUCGCUGCUCUCCAAGCCAUUUCCUCUACCCAUGCUGUAGCGGUUUGGCUCAGACUCAUCUAAGAGAAGAAGAGGGGGUGCAGAAGAGAGUAGGAGGGAGCAGAAAACUUGCCACAGCUGCUGUCCAGACACACACAUGCUGCAUUGCUGCCAUUCCCCAAACUCUGCUCCUUCCAUCCUGAGGACAUGGCCAUUAGCUAGCCAGCUAGCUAGCAGUUGGCACAAACGGAAGGCUUGUCCUCUGGGAUAAAAACACAAGCAGAUUGACUGCACUUACUUGUUUCCCCUGGUCCCCCCUCCCCUUUUCUGGAUAUAUCCCCCCCACAUACCUGGGCACAAUAACUGUAAUUCCUGCUGGUUUUAGCAGCAGAGGACUGGUUGUACCUGGUCACUCAAUCAUUCCACCCUGCAGACUGAAGAAGGAAGGAUUUCCCUGAGGCCAGUGCAAUGGAGCCCAAUAUGGAGAACUGUCUAGCUCAGGUCCUGCAGAAGGACGUCGGUCGACGCCUGCAGGUGGGGCAAGAAAUUAUUGACUAUAUUUUGGAUAAGGAGAAAUCCCAUGACCUUGAGCAGGAUCAGACGGUUCUGGACAAAAUGGUUGAUGGUAUUGCCAGCUCCUGGGUCAACUCAAGCAACUUCAAGGUGGCUUUGCUCGGGCUGGAUCUCUUAUCUGCCUUAGUCACCAGGUUACAGGAUCGAUUUAGGACUCAGCUGGGAACAGUUCUUCCGAGCCUUAUUGAUCGAUUAGGAGAUGCCAAAGACCAAGUGCGAGACCAAGACCAAACACUGCUGCUAAAGAUCAUGGAACAAGCUGCCAGCCCACAGUAUGUGUGGGACAGAAUGCUCGGAGGCUUCAAACACAAGAACAACAGAACGAGAGAAGGAGUGUGCCUUUGCCUUAUUGCCACUCUCAACAUGUACGGAGCUCAAGGCCUGACUCUCAGUAAAAUUGUCCCUCACAUAUGUAACCUCUUGGGGGAUCCCACUAGUCAGGUGCGCGACGGAGCAAUGAGCUGCUUGGUGGAGAUCUACAGACAUGUUGGUGAGAGGGUGAGGAUGGAUCUCAGCAAGAAAGGCCUGCCACAGUCACGGUUGAAUGUAAUCUUCAGCAAAUUUGAUGAAGUCCAAAGAUCUGGGAACAUGAUCUCAUCCUCUGGGUCUGAUAAAAACUUUGAGGAUGAAGACUCUGUGGAUGGAGGCCGGUCCUCCUCAUCAUCAUCAUCUAAAGCGCCACCCAGUGGCAGGAGGACUGUAAUGAGCUCUGUCAGAAGACCCAGCUCAGCCACCACAACAAAGACCAUCACAGGUAAAGAAGCAGCUGCAGGCGCUGUUGAUGAAGAAGAUUUCAUCAAAGCCUUUGAAGAUGUUCCCACAGUACAGAUAUAUUCCAACAGAGAACUAGAGGACCAGCUGACUAAGAUCAGAGAAGUGCUGUCUGAUGACAAACAUGACUGGGAGCAUCGAGUAGUAGCGCUGAAGAAGGUUCGUUCUCUGAUGUUAGCUGGGGCUGCCGAGCAUGAGGGUUUCCCCCAGCAGCUACGUCUCCUGGAGGCUCCUCUGAAGCUGUCAGCUAAAGACCUGCGCUCUCAGGUUGUCCGUGAGGCCUGCAUCACACUGGGACAUUUGUCGUCAAUCCUCAGUAACAAGUUUGACCACGGAGCAGAGAGUGUCAUGCCCACAUUGCUGAACCUGGUGCCCAACAGUGCCAAAGUCAUGGCUACAUCUGGUGUGGCUGCCAUCCGCCUUAUCCUCAGGCACACACAUUACCCACGUCUCAUCCCAAUCAUCACCAGUAACUGCACCUCCAAGUCAGUAGCAGUCAGACGGCGGUGUUACGAGUUCUUGGACCUCAUGUUACAAGAGUGGCAGACUAAUACACUGGAAAGACACGUGGGUUUGACAGAGACCAUCAAGAAGGGCAUACAUGAUGCUGACUCUGCCAGAUCCAUCGCGAGAAAGUGCUAUUGGGGUUUUCAUGGUCAUUACAGCCGGGAGGCUGAGCAUCUGUUUCAGGCACUGGAGUCCACCUAUCAGAAAGCUCUCCAGUCCCACCUGAAAGAGUUCUGACAGCAUCGUGUCUCUCCACAGUCUGACCGCUCCUCGUCCUCUUCCCAGAGGAGUCUCAACCGGCCGCUGUCUGUGAAGAGUGUCCUCGGAGGGAGCAUAACAAGGAGUAAGCUGGUGAGCACCAGGGUGCCAACUAAACCAGGUUCCCUCCAGCGUUCCCGUAGCGACAUCGAUGUGAAUGCUGCUUCCAACGCCAAGUCACGCCUGUCUACUGUUCCUUCCUCAACACCUUUCAGCUCUGCAGCAGCGCUGCCCCCGGGGUCAUAUGCAUCACUAGAUGGCACUCCUGGUAAAAGUGAUGGUCGUGUUCGAACCAGGAGACAGAGCUCAGGCAGUGUGUCGGGGGCCAGUAACUCAGUAGUAGACAGUCGGGGGCGCAGCCGAGCCAAAGUGGUCUCCCAGUCCCAGCGAUCGAGAUCAGCCAAUCCCAUCAGUGCCGGCAGCCGCUCCAGUUCUCCAGGCAAGUUACUCAGCCACGGCAGUUAUGGACGGAUUCCUCGAGCCACUGCAGCGGCCAGCAGUACUCCAGCUGACAAGCGCAGCAGGAUCCCUCGCAGUCAGGGCUGCAGUCGCGAGACCAGCCCCAGCCGACUGGGCCUUGCCCGGAGCCGCAUUCCCCGACCCAGCAUGAGUCAGGGUUGCAGUCGCGACACUAGUCGUGAGAGCAGCCGGGACACCAGCCCUGCUCGGGGCUUCACUCCUCUGGCCUCCCGACGUCACUCCCGUUCCACCAGUGCUCUCUCAACAGCCGACCCCCACGGCCAGUCAGAUCGGUAUGGGUUGAUCCAUCAUGCAAGAAUUUCAGCAUCAGUCAAUGCCAUGAGGGUUCUUAACACCGGCACUGAGGUGGAGGCAGCAGUUGCUGAUGCUCUGCUGUUAGGAGACUCCAGGAAUAAGAGGAAGCCUUUAAGGCGGCGGUAUGAGUCACCAGGGAUGUACUCUGAUGACGAUGCCAAUAGUGAUGCUUCCAGCGCCUGCUCAGAGCGCUCAUAUGGUUCAAGAAAUGGAGGUAUCCCUCAUUACCUGCGCCAAACAGAGGAUGUAGCGGAGGUACUGAACCACUGUGCCAGCUCCAACUGGUCAGAGAGGAAGGAGGGCCUACUGGGACUGCAGAACCUCCUCAAGAGCCAAAGAAUACUGAGCCGAGUGGAGCUGAAGAGACUUUGUGAGAUCUUCACAAGAAUGUUUGCAGAUCCACAUAGCAAGAGAGUGUUUAGCAUGUUUCUGGAGACGCUCGUGGACUUCAUCACAGUGCACAGAGAGGACCUGCAGGACUGGCUUUUUGUCCUGCUCACACAGCUGCUGAAGAAGAUGGGGGCAGACCUGCUCGGCUCGGUGCAGGCCAAAGUCCAGAAGGCCCUGGAUGUCACAAGGGAGUCCUUCCCUUUUGAUCAACAGUUUAAUAUCUUGAUGAGAUUCAUUGUGGACCAGACCCAGACCCCUAACCUCAAGGUGAAGGUUGCAAUUUUGAAGUACAUCGAAUGCCUGGCUCGGCAGAUGGACCCGACAGACUUUGUCAAUUCCAGCGAGACGCGUUUGGCCGUAUCUCGCAUCAUCACCUGGACCACUGAGCCAAAAAGCUCUGAUGUGAGGAAGGCAGCCCAGGUGGUGCUGAUCGCCUUAUUUGAGCUCAACACUCCAGAGUUCACAAUGCUGCUGGGUGCUCUGCCCAAGACCUUCCAGGAUGGAGCCACUAAGCUGUUACACAACCACCUGAAGAACUCCAGCAAUACCACCAGCAGUGUGGGGUCUCCAAGCAACACGAUUGGCCGGACACCACCACGCCACACUCCCAGCAGGACCAGCCCCCUCACCUCUCCCACCAACUGCUCCCAUGGAGGCCUCUCUCCAAGCAUGAUGGAGUAUGACACAGAGAAUAUGAACUCGGAUGAGAUCUACAACUCACUGCGUGGAGUCACUGAGGCCAUCCAGAGUUUCAGCUACCGGAGCCAAGAAGACCUGAACGAGCCGAUCAGACGAGAGGGAAAGAGGGACGAUGCAGCUGAGAGAGAAGGAGUAGCAUCGUCCCCUGGUUCUGAUCCCCGUCUCAGCUUGGACAUGGUUGAAGGGGGUCGUACGGCACUGGACAAUAAGACCUCGCUGCUCAAUACCCCGUCACCUCGCUCCUUCUCUGGCCCUCGGGGUCGUGAGUUUGCCCCUUAUGGUUAUGGAGAAACCAUCUGCACCUAUGACAAGAGUGCGCUGAAGGAGGCUGUAUUUGAUGAUGACGUGGAGCAGUUUCGUGAUUGCCGACGUCAGGAAAGCGGUGAGAACAAGAUGACGAUCCCUACAGUCUUUGCUCCUGGUGGUCAGGACCACUCAGACCUAGUCGCCGACCUGCUGAAGGAACUGUCCAAUCAUAAUGAGCGAGCUGAGGAGCGCAAAGGCGCCCUGGUGGAGCUGCUGAAGAUCACACGAGAAGACAGCUUGGCUGUGUGGGACGAACAUUUUAAAACGAUCCUCCUCCUCCUGCUGGAGACACUGGGUGAUAAAGAUCACACCAUCCGAGCGUUGGCCCUGCGUGUGCUGAAAGAAAUUCUACGGAACCAGCCGGCCCGCUUCAAAAACUAUGCCGAGCUAACAAUUAUGAAGACCUUGGAGGCUCACAAAGACUCCCACAAGGAGGUGUUGCGAGCGGCUGAGGAGGCAGCAUCCACCUUGGCCGGCUCCAUUCACCCAGAACAGUGCAUCAAGGUGCUGUGCCCCAUAGUGCAGACAGCCGACUAUCCCAUUAACCUGGCUGCUAUCAAGAUGCAGACCAAGGUCAUUGAACGCAUCUCCAAAGACUCCCUCCUGCAGCUGCUGCCUGACAUCAUCCCCGGGCUCCUGCAGGGCUAUGACAACACAGAGAGCAGCGUUCGCAAGGCCAGCGUGUUCUGUCUUGUGGCUAUCUACUCUGUGAUUGGCGAAGAGCUCAAACCCCACCUGGCACAGCUCACCGGCAGCAAGAUGAAGUUACUGAACCUGUACAUCAAAAGGGCUCAGACGACAAACAGCAAUAGCAGCAGUUCUUCAGAUGUGUCCUCUCACAGUUAAUGGAGCGUUUCACUCAGAAACCCUGCGGAUCCACGGCUGUCUGACGGAGAGUCACAUCCGUCCAGGACGUAGCUGUGCCUCGUUCAGUCUCCCUCUCAGAGCUCCACCUCUUCAUAGAUGUAACUUAAACCCUGCCGCGCUUCUCUCCUCUAUCCAGGGGAUCCUGGUGGUAACUCGUUGCUCCUUUAGUCCCUCCUCCCCACGUCUGCUUGAGAAACAUUCGAAUGUAAGUGCUUUGGUUUUAGUCGGGGUGUAAAGGGCGGCAACCCUUUUGGAGUUUUGCCAUGACUUUGUUAAAGAGAACUGCACUUUUUGAUCCUGUGUCUUCACGCGUCCUGCCUCCACCUCCACCUUUUGUCCUGGGAAACCUUUUGUUGAGAUUGUCACAUAAGGAGUAAGAUUGUCGCACGUUCCAGACACAUACACGAGGACAGACGCAGUGAAAAAAUGGGGUUUGGAGUCUGUUCACAUCUGUGCAGGGUGAAGACCAAAAAUA